AUGGCUAUCAUUAACCAUUUGGCUCAAUUUCAGAAAAGGCGGGAUGGAGUCCAGUUCCUGAAGCAGGAGGAGGAAGAGGAGGAGGAGGAGGCGGCGGCGAUGGGGCAGCGGUUGGGCACCAAGGCGCUGCUCCUCCUCACUUUGGGGUAUCUGCUCAGAUCUCUGACUGCCGAAGCUCAGUGUCAAAACAUUUACCAGGAUUUCUCUGACUGCAUCUUAAAACUGGGAGAAAAUAUGGCCAGCUAUGAGGAGGAAGAGGAGGAGGAAGAGGAAAAGACCCCGGUGCAAGGACUGCAUGUUGUUUGUGGAUAUUGGGAUGAGUUUCAUACUUGCGCCAUGACUGCCCUUUGGGAGUGCCAGAGGGAGGCAGUGACUAUCUGGGAAAUGUUAAAAAAGGAAUCGACGAAGAUCAAAUUUCAAGGCAGCCUUUUUGACCUCUGCGCACCUAGCGACUCCCAGAAUCUCAGCUCAGUACAGAUUCCAACUCCAUCGAUAUUAAGCAUCACUCUUAUGGUCACUUGGCUUAAUUUAUAAAAAGAGUAGAUGGCUCCAUGCAGGUUCUAACUAUGUUGUUAUUAAGCAUGCCUCUUAUGGUCACUUUGGUUAAAAGGAGCAGCUCUGCAAUUGUAUUCAGAUGUACAUAUUUUUGUUUCCAAGUUUUCUGCUAAACACUAUUAAAGUUGUUUGUUUAGUGAAUGGAAACAUUUCCUAAUCUUUAGUUUGUCCAGUAAUUUGAGUUAUAAAUAGGAAGUCUGGUAGGCUCCAGUUCAAUUUGGCCACUUUAAGAUGUACAGGGAUUGAAGAUUUAACCAACUGAAAUAUAGUUUGUAUGGCACAAACUGGCAUCAAUGCCUUCCAUAACUUAAUCAGCUAGUUUGGAUAUGCUCUGGUGAAACUACUCUCAUGUUGUUGUAUUGACUCUCUCUUCCCAUAUCUAUAAAACCUUAACUUAACGCACUUGUGUGAAAAUAUACUGGACACCAUCUUUGAACAGAAAACAUGGGAUAGAAGUGAGCCACCCAAAAUCUUUGAAGCCAUCAGGGCUGGAUUUCUUCUGAGAAACAAAUUCAGUUUCAGUCCCAAGAAAGAUCUACUGUGGGAUCUAUAUGGCUGCAUCCCCAUAUUAAUCUGGAAACAGAUAGCUUUCAUUGAUCUGUACAGUUGCAUUUGAACACAUGAUCACAGAAAUUCCACGAUCUCAGGUCUACCUGCAAAAUGGACAUUUGCACUUGUGUCUACCUGCAUCUAUGAAGAAGCUUUUCUUCCUGACAACCAAUGUUUUUCUUUCCUACUUUUCUGAGGGAUUAUAUGGUGGCAAAACUGAAGAUGGUAUUAAAAGAGAGAAAGGUUGUUUUGCAAUUUUGUGGUGAUGUGAAUCUGUUGGAAGGAACGGGAAGAGGUGGGUAUUCUGUCUUCAUUAGUUGACCAGCUGUAUGUAAAUCAUCUUUUGCUUUAAGACCUGUGUUCUUACAUAGUUCUAGCACAGUGUCAACUAUGUUGACCAGCCCACAUAUUGCAGCCACUCCACAUUUCAACUGCUUUGCUUACUGCAUCUGCAAUGAGUAUAUGAGACAGCAUUACACCAUAAGUGUAGUUGACUACUGCAGGGUCUUAGACAGAGGUGUUAAUGUGAAUUUUCCUGCUUCUUGGCAGCGGGUUGGACUGGAUGGCCCACGAGGUCUCUUCCAACUCUUUGAUUCUAUGAAAUGUCAGAAACAGAACCUCAGAACUUGCACAUCUCAGCCCUUCUCUUUUCUACUUCUAUCAAUAGAAAGAGAGGAGGGUUGCAAACAGUGCCAGACCCCUGGAUCCUAUCACUUAUGGUGCAUCUACAUCUUAGAAUUAAUACAGUUUGACACCAUUUUAAAUGGCAUGGCUUAAUGUUAUGGAAUCAUGGAAGUUCCUCUGGAUGCCCCAUUUCUACACAUGCCCCUCACUUCUCUUUAGAAUAGCCCAUUUUGGGAAGUAGUGUUGGAUUUAAAAAAUGAAAUUCAGUUGACAAAAUACAUUGAGGAACUGGAAGGUUCAGUUUUUUUAAUCCACUCACUUUUUGUGGUAUGAGCCACAAAGAUAUGACUGGGUUAGACAUUAAUAAAACAUGGAUUAGAUUAUGCAUCACGUUUGCCUUUAAGACCACUAGGUUUUAGUCAGACCUAUUUUUCAAAUCUGAGAUGGAGGUACAAGGUUUCUUCAGGGGAAUACAAUGCUUAGUAAUGUUUAUCUCAUAUUUCAUGUACAACUGUUGUUAUAAAUUGUCAUGUAGUCACUUAGAUUCCAAACAAGAACAAAAAAAAAACACCCUUGUUCAUUAAAUGAAAUUGGAAAUAAAAACAACUGUUCUCAUAUUCGUUCUUAACAAAAUAUAACGUUGCUUAAUGAAGUAUUUGCCAACAGACUCUGGAACAGAACCAGCUGUUGUGGAAACACUUUCUUGGAGCAACUCAAGUGCUGAAAGCCACAGUCUGUUAUUUACGUGAUCUGUGGAUCUAUCAAUGCAGAAGACACCUGGUGAUAUAAAUCUACCCUUAGGAAGGGAAAAUCACUCCCGAAAAGGUUAUCAUGGGGAAAAGGUGUCUCCACUGAAACUUUCUCACCAGUCUUUGUUUCCACAAUAAGUCAAUUUUUUUCAAAAUCCAAUUAUCACAGAGACAGAAAGUGAAGUGAAAUCUUCUGAACAGAGGCGCCAACAACAACAAAACAAAACAAACAAACCAACACCCCACAGGGUGUUAACCUUUCCCUAUGCUAUCCAAAGCUUUUAUACACACAUACGCACACACACACACACGACUGGAGUGACACUUUAAAAUAUUUUGACUUACAUACAAACUCAAUUUAAGAACAAACCUACAGAACUUAACUUGGGGACCGCCUGUAUGUUGGUUCUAUGCUUUUUAGUUUCUUCAUUUACCCUUCUUGUGGCUGUUCUUGAAGAGAUUUAAGAAAACGCAGCUAGAGCAAAAAAAUAAAGCAGGGAGAGCAUUUUGUAUACACUUCAUAGACUAUAACACCAUGUUCUUUUGCCAACCACAUCAACUCCCAAUUCAUUUCAGGCCCAAUUCAAAGCUGCAAUUAUUUAUUAAGUUCCUAAUGGUGGGGAUUCAAGAUGCGUGGAUACUUUCUGCUUCCAUGUGAAUCUCCCAAUUUGCAGUCUUCUUCAAAGACCCUGUCCUUCCAGGGUAAAAUUCAGUAUUUUAUUGAUCUCCUUACCAACAUCAGGGAGAUCAACAGAAUAGUUAAUUUUCUUUUGUAAGUGACACAAAUCAGAAUCUUCUUCUUUAACAAAAUCAGAUCAACUAGCUAGUUUCAGGUGAGUCACAAAGAUCACUUUACUUCAUAUUUGAAGAGUUUAAUUUUUUAUUUUGUUCUCUGCAUGAUAUAAAGAUUGCCUUGCUUUGUUCUUAAUUUUACUGUUUGUUCCUGAAAUUUGUAUACUGCCUUAGGGACCUUUGGGGCAGAAAGAUCAAAUCAGAGUACCACUCUUGAUGGUUUGCAACUAAUGCUACAGUGGUAUGCAUUGAUGAAGUUAUGUAACAUCAUCAUCAUGCUCAAAAAUACUGGGCAGGAGAACAUAUCACUUGUCUGCAUGAAAUUCUUCCAUCUUUCAUCUCUAGUGAUUGAUAUUCUAUUAUUAUUAUUUGUUUGUUCUGAUUUUAUGUGUUUUAAUGUAUUUUUUAAAAUGUUUAAAUUGUUUAUUAAUUUUAUUGAAGUUAUUAUUGUUUUUAUUUUGAUAUUCGUUGUAUUGUUCUACUCUGUUUUGUUUUGGGCAUUUCCCCAUGUUAGCCGCCCCGAGUCCCUUCGGGGAGAUGGUGGCGGGAUAGAAAAAUAAAGUAUUAUUAUUAUUA